GCUGCGCGCCCGAGCGCGUUCCGCGUCCCCGCCGCUGGGAGGAGGUGCCCGCACGCUCGCGGCGCGCGCUGGCCCCAGUCUCGGCCUCUGGGCGAUUUCCUCCGGACCCAGGCUCCCCGCCCGAGGAGGAAGAUGCAGACCUUUCUGAAAGGGAAGAGAGUCGGCUACUGGCUGAGCGAGAAGAAAAUCAAGAAGCUCAAUUUCCAGGCCUUCGCCGAGCUGUGCAGGAAACGAGGCAUAGAGGUUGUGCAGCUGAAUCUUAGCCGGCCGAUUGAGGAGCAAGGCCCUUUGGACGUCAUCAUCCACAAGCUGACCGAUGUCAUCCUCGAAGCUGACCAGAAUGACAGCCAGUCCCUGGAGCUGGUGCACAGGUUCCAGGAGUACAUCGACGCACACCCAGAAACCAUUGUCCUGGACCCUCUCCCUGCCAUCAGGACCCUGCUGGACCGCUCCAAAUCCUACGAGCUCAUCCGGAAGAUUGAGGCCUACAUGAAAGAUGACAGGAUCUGCUCUCCGCCCUUCAUGGAGCUCACGAGCCUGUGUGGGGACGACACCAUGCGGCUGCUGGAGCAGAACGGCCUGGCCUUCCCCUUCAUUUGCAAAACCCGAGUGGCCCAUGGUACCAACUCUCACGAGAUGGCCAUCGUGUUCAACCAGGAGGGCCUGAGUGCCAUCCAGCCACCCUGCGUGGUCCAGAACUUCAUCAACCACAAUGCUGUGCUCUACAAGGUGUUUGUGGUGGGCGAGUCCUACACCGUGGUCCAGAGGCCCUCGCUCAAGAACUUCUCUGCCGGCACAUCAGGCUCCUCCCCAGGACCGUCUCUCGUGCCCCCCGUCUGGACUGGCUCUGGUCGGAGCGGCAGGAGGACUGCUGGGCACACCGGGGUGGCCAGGGGCCUCUGUGCCUCGCUAGCGGGAAGGAUGCCAGACCGAGAGUCCAUCUUCUUCAACAGCCACAAUGUGUCGAAACCGGAGUCGUCGUCGGACCUCACUGAGCUGGACAAGAUCGAGGGUGUGUUUGAGCGGCCCAGCGACGAGGUCAUCCGGGAGCUGUCCCGGGCCCUGCGGCAGGCGCUAGGUGUGUCGCUCUUCGGGAUUGACAUCAUUAUCAACAACCAGACGGGGCAGCACGCUGUCAUCGACAUCAACGCCUUCCCAGGAUACGAGGGUGUGAGCGAGUUCUUCACGGACCUCUUGAACCACAUCGCCACUGUCCUGCAGGAGCAGAGCACCAGCGUGGCUGCCGCAGGGGACGUGGCCCCGCUGAGGCACAGCAGGCUCCUGGCUGAGCAGGCGGGCAGCCUGGCGGGCGAGCGGACGUGCAGCGCCGGCCCCGGCUGCUGCAGCAGCAUGAUGGGCCAGGACGCACCCUGGACCACGGAGGCCGACACGGGCGGCGUGGGCACGGGUGGUUCCGCCAAGCUGCCGCACCAGAGACUCGGCUGCACUGCCGGUGUGUCGCCCAGCUUCCAGCAGCACUGCGUGGCCUCCCUGGCCACCAAGGCCUCCUCACAGUAGCCAUGGAGCCCGGGACCCAGAGGGGCGGCGCGGGGCGCAGAGCAAUACCCGCUGGGCCACCAGCUCCCAACGGGGACGCUUCUAAGAAUUCCCGAUGAUCUGAUGCUUCUUUUUUUAAUUUUUAAUCUGAUUUUAGGAUGUUGUGAUCUAAAUGAGGGGUGGGGGGAAGAAGAAGAGAACACCUAGUGGCCCAGCUCGUGGAAAAGGGGCACCCCGCCUAGUUCCUGCUGUGCAGAUCUCUUCACUGAGUUUACACAUGCUUGUGUUUUCAACACUAGGUGUGAAUGUGAGGUGUGCGUGCGUGCGUGUGUGUGUGUGUGUGAUCGCUGUGCAAGUGUGCAUGGCUGUGUGAGUCUGUGUGUAUGGCUGCUGUGGGCCAGGCCUUCGGGGCCCCUGCAGGGAGGCCUGGCUGGGUUGUUGGUGGCUGCACAGAGCGAGCGAAUGAGCGGUUCCUCUUCCUCCCAGCUCCAGGCCGUCCACGCCCAGGCCUGACCCUUCCUUCCCCUCCCUCCGGCAGUGUCUUCUGAGACCAGUGGCUCCCAUGUGUGCAGCUGACCCCUCACCCUAAGCCGGGGAGCUCACAGGCCCCUUGGCAGAGCUUGUGCUGGGGGGGUCUGCAUUGUGACCCACCUUCCCAGGACAGGGAUGGGAAAGGAAGCUUCUCAUGGGCAGAGGCCAAGGCGCGUGUUUGCUGCCGCUCUCCCCGGCUCCCCGGAGUCACCAGGCCUCUUCUCGUGGGUCCAGCCCAGUGCUGCCCUCCACAGGACCCAGAAGGAGGCUACCUUGCUGGGAGCCUUUGAAUGAAUCCACCUGUGCCCAGAUUUGUGCUGGGAUCUUGGACAAUUUUCAUGAGUCUUUGGGCCACUGUCCCCUCAUCUCUAGUGGGUGGCCAAGACCAGAGAACUGAAGGGGGGGCUUUGUGCUCUAGCCCCGAGAGGUAGCCUGCUUCUCUGUGGCCCCAUGCUGGGUAAGGCCAGUGUGAGAGCCUCCGCUGGGCACCAGGACCAUCUGAAUCUCUUCCUGGGCAGGAAGGGAACACCCAGGCCAUAUGGAUCACUCCUGUCCACACGCACCAACCCUUGACCAGCAAGCGGGUCCCACACAGCCCUCCUGUGGUCAUUGUAAGCCCAGGCACUAAGCCAGCCUGCGGGGAGCUGCACCGCACCUCAGACUCACCCUAUCCUGUUGCCUUGGCUGCAGGCCGACCACAGCUGAUCCCAGGUCCACGGGACGGGGGCGUCUGAAGAGCCUUCUCUGCCGUGGAGGGUGUGGAGGCUGGGACCCCCUGAGCAGCGUCUUGUGUCAUAAGAGCAGUUCUUUUUGGAAGAGAAAAGGCCUGUGGUGUGUCCUCGGUGGUCCUGUGAGGUAGAGGGAGCCCUGCGUGGCCCCAGGCAGGCUGCCAAGGCAGGCACACAGUAGGCUUCUGGAGGCUUCCUUUGGGGCUGGGCUAAGGUGAGAGGCAGAAGCCAAACUGCUCAGGUUCCUUGGAAAGCGAGGGCCCCAGGACUGCCGUGGUUACGCGAGCCAAGUGUUGACCCUGAUCGAUGUCUGACUCUGAGUCUGGGAAUCUAGGAAGUGUGGCCAGCCUCUUGCACUGCUUUGUCUCUGAAAUAAACUACUGAAAUCAAACUAAAUUUCACACGUGUUUACAAAA